CCAAUAAUUUUAGUAUUACUCAUCUUCGUGUUCAAAAGGAUCCUAGUUAAAUUUGAAGUGCUUAAUAAUUUUGUUAUAUUAUUUUAAAAUUCAUAUAAUACAGUCACGUACAUUAAUUAAAUAUUUCUUGUUCUAAUAAAAAAAGCUUUUGCUAAACUUAACUUGACCUUGCUAGUUCUUUUCCGUUCAGCUACCGCGAUUGGAACAUGUCUUAUUCACCUGAAAGAAGAUCGGAGGAUUGGCCGGAGGAUCCUAAAAAUGGGCCGUCGAAGGAUCAAGUCAGCUUCGAUGGACCCCCGGGCUUGGAACCCGGCGGCGCGCUCGACACAAACUGGCAUGAGGUCGUGGAAAGCUUUGAUGACAUGAAGCUGAAAGAAGAGCUUUUGAGAGGAAUUUACGCCUACGGUUUUGAAAAGCCUUCGGCCAUCCAGCAACGCGCGAUUAUGCCUUGCAUCCAGGGCCGCGACGUUAUAGCUCAAGCCCAGUCGGGAACUGGCAAAACUGCCACUUUCUCUAUUUCUAUUCUACAGCAAAUUGACACCACUGUUCGCGAGUGUCAAGCUCUUAUUUUAGCCCCAACUAGAGAGUUGGCCCAACAGAUCCAGAAGGUGGUGAUAGCUCUCGGCGAUCACUUGAAUGCCAAAUGCCAUGCUUGUAUUGGUGGUACUAACGUGCGUGAAGAUAUCCGCCAGUUGGAGAGCGGUGUUCACGUGGUAGUGGGCACCCCUGGCCGCGUGUACGAUAUGAUAACUCGCCGCGCUCUCCGUGCCAAUACAAUCAAGUUGUUUGUGCUUGAUGAAGCUGAUGAGAUGUUGUCCAGAGGGUUCAAGGAUCAAAUUCACGAUGUAUUCAAGAUGCUGUCUGCGGAUGUGCAGGUCAUUCUGCUGUCAGCUACUAUGCCAGAUGAUGUGCUGGAGGUGUCCAGGUGUUUCAUGAGGGAGCCUAUUCGCAUCCUUGUGCAAAAGGAAGAGCUAACAUUGGAGGGUAUCAAACAGUUCUUCAUCUCCAUUGAGCUGGAAGAUUGGAAGUUGGACACUCUCUGUGACUUGUACGACACAUUGUCUAUUGCUCAGGCUGUAAUUUUCUGCAACACCCGCCGCAAGGUGGACUGGCUCACGGAGUCGAUGCACGAGCGCGACUUCACCGUGUCGGCCAUGCACGGAGAUAUGGACCAGCGCGAGCGCGAGGUGAUCAUGCGCCAGUUCCGCACCGGCUCGUCGCGCGUGCUUAUCACCACUGACCUGCUGGCGCGCGGCAUCGACGUGCAGCAGGUCUCGUGCGUCAUCAACUACGACCUGCCCACUAACCGCGAGAAUUACAUCCAUCGGAUUGGAAGAGGUGGCCGUUUCGGUCGUAAGGGAAUCGCCAUUAACUUUGUCACUGAAGCGGACAAGCGAGCGCUGAAGGACAUCGAGGACUUCUACCACACAACAAUAACGGAAAUGCCCAACGACGUGGCCAACCUCAUCUAAGGCUCCGGUGCAUUCCAGUUUAUAAUUUGUGUCCUGCAUUCUAUUGCGAUAUAUAAACGGUGUGAGUAUUGGGAGCUGAUCCCGAGUACCGCUGUGCUGAUUUUUUAUUGGAACUCAUUUUCUUUUGGACCGACAUAUUGGUUUUAAUUUAAUUAAUGAAUAAUAACUACUAUAAUAGUCGUAUCUUGAUAAGUUUAAUAUAUAUAGGCGUAGGACCGGCCCGGCCGGAUGGCCCCCGUUCCGCGUAGACCGCUCCGACUGCGGAGAGGUCUCAUCGGGUACUGGAGAGGCUAUUUCAAUCACAAAAGUACUAGAAGGAAACAAUGUAUUGUAGCUUUUUCCAGUUGUACAUAAUAUGGUAAACUGUUUUUUGUAUUACGGUAAAUAAAUAUGAUUUAAUAUCUUGUCUGUAUUGUUAUUGGAAUGAAAUUGUAGCGCUCCAUUCCCGAUGGGAACCUUAAUUUCGCGGGCCUUGUAUUCAAUAUGUAAAUUUUGUUUGCAGAAAUCUACCAACUGAGCUGUUGAAACGCACUUUGGACACAACUAUGUGGAAAUAAUAAAUCAAAAUUUCCUCUAA